GCUCCCUAAUUAAGCGGCUAAGCCUUUAACCACGCGCUAAACGGCGUCGUAGUGAUAGCAAAGUGUUCGUUGAACAACCGUUUCGUAGUUCUUUUUCUUCUCCUUCUCCUCGUCGUCUUGGGGUUCGAAUUUUUGUAACUGAGAAUAAAUAAUCUGCAAAUAAUUUCGCGAGGAGAAAAAACAAAGAGAGAAAUCUAGUGAAUAGUAAUCAGUGAUAAGUGAUCGGAGAAGACUAGUUUAAUGGCGAGCUCGGCCGCGGUCGCCGGCGUUCUAUCGGCGCACGAUCGCCAGAUUCUGACAGCUGUGAAUACCGGAGCCUCCAGCCUUUCGUUUGUGGGUUCAGGCUUCAUCGUGCUCUGCUACGUUCUCUUCAAGGAACUUCGCAAGUUUUCUUUCAAGCUUGUUUUCUACCUUGCCCUCUCCGAUAUGCUUUGCAGUUUCUUCAGCAUAGUAGGGGACCCAGCCAAAGGUUUCUUCUGCUAUGCUCAAGGCUAUAGCACGCAUUUCUUUUGUGUGGCGUCUUUCCUGUGGACUACAACAAUUGCUUUUACUCUUCAUCGAACUGUAGUUAGGCACAAAGCUGAUGUUGAAGAAUUGGAGGCAAUCUUUCACCUGUAUGUAUGGGGUACUUCGCUGGUUAUGACAGUGAUCCGCUCCUUUGGUAAUGACCAUAGACAUUUCGGCAUAUGGUGUUGGACUCAAACAGGCCGCACAGGGAAGGCAGUUCAUUUUGUAACAUUUUACACUCCUCUCUGGGGUGCAAUUUUAUACAACGGGUUUACAUACUUUCAAGUAAUACGCAUGCUGAAUAACGCAACCCGUAUGGCAGUUGGUAUCUCAGACCGAGUUUAUGUUCCAGAUGCAAGAGAUAACAUGAAGUCUCUGAAUCGAUGGGGAUACUAUCCACUGAUUCUAAUUGGAUCAUGGGCAUUUGGCACUAUUAACCUUAUUCAUGAUUUUAUUGAGCCUGGCCAUAAGAUAUUUUGGCUGUCAUUUCUUGACGUCGGAAUGGCUGCCCUUAUGGGCCUCUUCAACUCAAUUGCAUAUGGCCUCAAUUCUUCAGUUCGUCGUGCAAUUUGUGAAAGAAUGGACAUGUUCUUACCAGAGAGAGUGUGCAGAUGGCUGCCAAACAAUUUCAAGUACAGGAACCAGCAGCAAGAAAAUGAACUGGUCUCCUUAAAAAUUGAAGAUAAAUAACCAUGAAAAGAUAUAUUGUGAUCCCCAAUACCAUAUUUCGACAUGUAAAUAUGCUGAAAUGCUGUUUUCAUCAACAGCAGAGGAUCUGCUGGCACUUGGCAGCAGUCAUUCCAGGCUGUGUUGCUGAAUCGUGGCAUUCACAUAGAUUUUAUAGUGCCAAGGAUUCUUCUCAAAGAAACCAGUGGAUGCUCCAGUUCAUUCAAUCAGUCGAUCUCUCUGCUUAACAGCCAUCAUUAUUAUGCUUAUAUUGAAGAUCCGUUGCUUUUGGCUUUGGCAAGUGCACUUAUUCAGAAAAGGCUCAGUGAGUCUCUGAUUCAUCGUGGACAAGUUUUAACUUCGAGCAUUGUUGCAUAUUCUUGUAUUUCUUCCUAGUUUUGGGAAUUAGAUAUACUAAAAAUUCCAGUUCUAUAGUUGAUGCAUUUUAAAAUAGCUUAACAUUUUGUCUUCUCAAAAUUUGCCUAGUCUUAUUAGUUCUCUGCCAGUAAGUACAAUGCUUAGUCUUUUAUUAAUUUCUUCCACUGUUUCAGUUUUUAA